AUGGCUGACGGAACUCGCGAGAAAGCCAGCGAUACACCCUGUGAAAUUAGCGCGUCGUUGAGCCAGGUGCGACCAGCGGAGGACAAGGGUUCAAAAGGACUCUAUCGAGGCGGGCUGCAUGCACCAGGCAGCGAGUUGCCGGGUUCUGACGAUCGUCUCAGAUCUUCUGUUGUCGGCAGUCUUUGUGGGGGUAUGUCGUCGCUGGAGAGUCACGAAACUUCGCUGAAAGCGUCUGCGGCAACACCCCGCUCAGAUCUGCAGUCGACUUCAUCCGGGUCCGUCCCCUCUCCGCGUCUCUUUCCAGCUGAUAAAGCAGUGGCGCCAGAGUUGACUCGGCAGCACGAUGCGUUGGGCGUUCGAAGCAUGCGCGCAGGACGGGGCGCCACAGACGGAAACUGGCACGAGCGUUCACAGCUGGAUUUAGGAGAGAGUCCGUCUGGAGAGCCUGGCCUCUCCCACGUGCCUGCCUUGCACCAGAAAACAGAAGAGGAGGAGGCUCGACAUCUCCAGCAAGAACAGCAGGUGCGCCUGCUCAUGGAUAAGUUGCAGCUCCAAGAAAAAGGAGAACCUGAACAAGGCGCCGGGCCUCCAGGCCUUAGUGGCAAGGCAGCGCAGCUGGCUAAGCGAUGCAAACGGUCUUCGGUGCUCUGCUGCCGAUGUCGCCAAACUCCUGUCCCGAGCGCGGAACCUGGCGGCCGCAGUUUGAGCGGCGCGGCGGAGAGUGCGAGUGCUCUCAAGCAGGCGACAGGAGGAUGCGAUGGAGAGGGCAGCAACCAGAUGGAGGUCACCGCAGCGCCGUCGAUGCCUUGCGAAGAGCAUGAUUGCUGCUCCUGCUGUUAUUGCUCCUGUGGCAAAAACGGCAACGGCGACGGGUCCCCGUCGCGGAAAAGCUUCGGAGGGGGGCUGGAUGCCAAGCAAACAAGCGACGCCUCGGCGCGCGACUCCUUCGCGCCGAUGCCACACAUGUGGCGGCGGCGGCAGUCGUCGGGCCGGAUCAUCUGCAUCGAAGGCCCCAGCAGACCUGAAACGUUCGAGCGCAACCUCCGCGAGCUUUCUGAGGAGUUCCCCUGUAUCCAUCAAGGUCUGAUAAUCUCCCUGCUGGAGACGGCAGAAAACAACUUGUCUCAUGCUCGGCAACUGGUUCAGGUGGUGAGCGACACAACUCUGUCGUCGGGCGCAGGCGCCGCUCCUCGGCGACAAGACAGCCUCGAGUGCGAGGCUGAAGACAGCGAGCUUGGAAGACAAGGCAUCGGUGGAUGUUUUCUGUCUGAAGCCGGAACCGCCUUUGCUUCGACUCCAGAGAGCGUCGAGUGGGUCCAGGCGCUCUCGUGGCGGCCGGCAAGCCGGAAGCGACAAAUUGAAGGCGAAGACGCCGAGCAUUCGUCUGACCUCCACUCUUCGCGUGUCGAUGCGUCAGCGACCUUUCCCAGACCAGCGGGAGCUGCGACGUUCUGCCAAGCGGAAGGCGUUCGCGCAGCCUCUCCGCCUCUGCCUGCGCCGUCCGGCGCGGCUUGUAAGUCUCUUUCUUCGCGUCGACCCCCCGCAUCUGCCUGUCGGACAGACACGACGCACGGAGCCUCGAGCGAGCCGCCAAGAAGCAGUCGACGGCGAAGUUGGAGCGGACGCGACGCACCGCCGGGCCGAGAUGAGAGCGCAGCCUCCUUCGGAGCGGCAGGUGGCGUGGGCAUCAGCGUCGAACUCUGGUCCUCUGAGUGGGCUCAACGCAUGCUGCGGGUGAUCUACGGCGCCACAAGCGCGGAAGACGCCAAGACAAAUGUAGCGACGCUCAUGCAAGAGCAGACAGAGCAACUCCUAAACAUCCAUGCCGGCGCCGUGUCUCUCUCUUUCGCGCGCCCUAGGGCAGAAGAAGGACUCGACGCGGGAACUCCUCGCGGACCGUCUGCGACCCGGAGAGGCCUCAACGGGGCCGCGCAGAGUCAGGAACGUCACGACGAGAUGGAGAAGAAGCUUGAACUUCUACAGAACGACAAAGUCCUCCUCGCGAGAGCUGUCAAGACACAGCACGAACGAAUUCAGAGUUUGCAGGCCUCCCUUUCCGAGAAGACAGAAGAACUGGAGCGCGUAUCCGGAGAGAAGCGCGCCUUGGAGCAGGAUUUGCGGAAGAUGAAAGACGCAGCGGCGGCUGUCCUGCUGGGGCGCUCUCUUCGAGGCGGGAACCUGUGUAGAGACAGCAAUAACUCUUUCGACCGAUCGUAA